AUGGCACCCUCUGCAACCGAAAGCGAGAUUCCCAUCCACUCAAAGGGCCAGACUCAGAGCCGGGAGCCUCUCAAGCCUUCGGGAGCACUGAAGGAUUAUGAGUCGUUCGAUGUUACUCCCGCCAUUGGACGCGAGUUUCCCAAGGCGAACUUGGUCGACUGGCUCAAUGCACCGAAUGCGGAUGAAUUGAUCCGUGAUCUUGCCAUCACCAUCUCCCAACGCGGUGUGGUCUUCUUUCGUGCCCAGGAGAAUCUCACCAAUGACCUCCAGAAGAAACUUAUUCUGAAGCUCGGGGAGCUGACGGGUCGACCCUCGACCUCUACCCUUCACAUCCAUCCACUGCUCAACUCAGAGCGAGACUUGGGUGGUGAAGACCUCGAGGUCAGCACGAUUAGCUCUAAGCAACACAAAAAGUUCUAUCGAAAGACAAGCGACGAUGGUGUCGUCGUCACCAAGCCCGAUGAGGACAUUUGGCACUCGGACAUUGCUUUUGAGCCCUCGCCUGCGGACUACACGUCGCUUCGUCUCGUGGAGCUGCCUGAAACUGGGGGUGAUACCCUCUGGGCCUCUGGAUACGAUGUCUACGACCGACUUAGUCCCGCUUACCAGAAGUUCUUGGAGUCUCUGACAGCAACCUUUUCGCAGCCACACUUUGGUCAGAUCGCGGCUCGUCAGGGUUUCAAGCUGUAUGACAAGCCACGCGGCGCCCCAGAUAACAUCGGCGACGUACUCAAAGCGGUGCACCCCGUGGUGCGUACCAACCCGGUGACGGGGUGGAAGAGCGUGUUCCCGAUCGGCGCCCACGUCGGACAUAUCAACGGCGUGACAAAAGAGGAGAGCAGCAAUCUUCUCUCGUGGUUUUACGACCUGAUUGCCAAGGACCACUCGAUCCAAGUGCGGUUGAAGUGGCAGAACCCCAACGAUAUCGCUAUCUGGGACAACCGAAGUGUUUUCCACUCCGCGACACUUGACUACGAAGGAUACGGCGAUAGAUUUGGCAACCGGGUUGUGGGCAUUGGAGAGCACCCGUAUCUUGAUCCUCAGAGCAUUGGAAAGGCGGAGAGCUUGAGGGCAAGCUCUGAACAGUAG